AUGGCAGCGCAAGCCAACAGGCGCCUGUGUUGCUCGCGGGCCGCAGUCGUGGGGGGGCCCCCAUCAUUGAUCCCCCCUGUGGGACCGCGUUCCCCGGACUCACUACUCGACAUAACCGCCAAAACAGUGGCCGAAACUAUUCCCUUUCAGCGAAUUGAAGAACGCUAUGAUCGUAUCCCUGAGCCAGUGCAAAGGAGAAUUAUUUUUUGGUCUUUCCCUAGAAAUGAGAGGGACAUUUGUAUGUAUUCCUCGUUGUCGAGGGUGCCCCCAUCCCCCGCGAGUGCUGUGAAUACUGCUGGACAAACGCACCAUGCUGAUUCUCAAAAUUUGUCGUUCUGUAAAGGAUUAAAAUUGUUGGAAACAGGAUGUGUUGAUAAUGUACUUCAAGUCGGAUUUCAUCUGAGCGGUGUGGUAACAGGUCCUCGCAAUUCUCCCACUGCCACGUUGCCAUGCGGUGCUCCUGAGCCUCCCCAGAAAUUUAAAGUGUCUGUUAGUUUUGAUAGGUGCAAAAUUACCUCUGUGACAUGCAGUUGCGAAACGAAAGAUAUUUUUUGGUGCCAGCACGUCGUAGCUUUAUCUUUAUAUCGUAUAAGAAAUGCCGAAAGUGUCAGGUUACGUGUUCCUAUUUCAGAAACUCUCCUACAAAUGGACAGGCAGCAGCUUCAAAAGUUCGUCCAGUACCUGAUCUCAGAACACCACACAGAGGUACUCCCUACCGCUCAGAAACUUGCCGACGAAAUCCUCCAACAGCGAUCGGAGAUCAACCAAAUUCCGGGGGCCCCCGACCCUACGGCGGGGGCCUCCGCUGACGACGAACAUUCAUGGCAUUUGGACGAGGAGCAAGUGUGUGAACAGGUGAAAAGUUACCUGUCUCAAGGGGCCUACUACAACGCGAACAAGCAGUUAAAUUCAUUGUUUUCGAAGGUGAGAGAAAUGCUAAGAGCCCAGGAUUCAAACGGUGCCAGAAUGUUGACCCUCAUCACGGAGCAGUUUCUUUCCGAUCCUAGACUGCAGAUGUGGCGCAACCAAGGCACACCAAUGACUGAUAAGUGUAGGCAGCUGUGGGAUCAAUUAGGCUCUUUAUGGGUGUGCAUUGUACUGAAUCCAAAUUGCACGUUUCAAGAAAAACAACAUUGGAAGCAACUAUUAGAGAAAUGGGCAGUAAUCGACGUUUGUCCACCUGAAGAUCCCGAUUUCAGGUUGCAGCAGCAAGGAUCUAGAGAAUCCUAUUCCACGAGAGAUCGUGAUCGUGACAGAUAUGACGAGAGAUAUAGAGAUCGAGAUAGAUAUGCGGAUAGAGAAAGAGAUAGGCGAGAAAGGAGAGAUCGUGACCGAGAGAGAGAAAGAGAUAGAAAUCGUGCAAUAUAUGAUUCUUCAGAUAGUUCGGAAGACGACGAUGAAGAAGAUGCUAAUUCAUAUACUCACAGAAACGGAAAACGUUUACGUCUAGCUGGCAACUCAAAAUCUCAGACGCCCACUUUGCCUAGAUCUAUUUUUCAUAGAGCAUUGGAUGCUGUUGGGAUGUCUUGGGACAAUAUGCACCUCAAAAAUAUAUUAUCCAGUGAUACCUAUUGCUCUCAUGUUCCUGAUACUUCCAGUUCCGGUAGCUUUAACUCACAAGGACAGCCCUUGUGGCACGAAUCUAUUCCUCUGUGUGCGGCUCGUGUGGAUUCUCUCCGUUCCCAUGGACAUAUGGAAGCAGCGUUACGUUUGGCAGUUUCUGUCGUACGCACUAUGAAACAACAGCAAUUGGUGGCACAGCGAAAAUGGCACGAAAGUCAACAGAACAGUAGCGCUAGUACCAGUAUUAAAACUCAGCCAAGCUGUAAGGUCACAGCUUGUACCUCCCGAUGUCAAGGCCAGUGUACGAUUACAUCUUGUUCGACUACAUCUAUCAAUGCCCCUACGAAUCUAGAUGGAUGGGUUGGUCAUCCAUUAGAUCCCGUGGGAUGUCUUUUUGAUACCUUGGCAGAUGCGUCAGUUGUUCCUGAACACGAAAGACCUAGGACACCAACUAGCUAUUUAGAUUUAGUCGGUAUGGAAGAUCAACACAGCAAUUUAAGGCCUAGAUACCAUCAUGUACCUGUAGUUGGUUCGAGAGACAGAUCAGAAACAUAUCUAACUUUGGCGUUUGAGGUAGCGCUUAUUGGUUUGGGGCAGCAACGGAUAAUGCCUGUAGGACUGUAUGCACAAGAGAAAGCGUGCAAACAAGAAGAUCGAUUAAUUGCAAAACUCCAAGAAAUUGAAUUGGAUAACAGCCUAGUUGCAGUUCUCCGUCGUCAAGCUAUAAUUCUACUGGAAGGAGGUCCCACCAGUGGUUUGGGCAUCGGCAUCCAUCCGGAGAGUAUCCCUAUGCACACCUUCGCCAGAUUUCUUUUCCUAUCUCUUCUGAAUUACUACCCAGAUUUGGCCUACGAAGUUGGAUUAAGAGCCAUGCGUUUACCUCUUUUGGAAGAACAUGAAGACUCUGAUGACCCUUUAGGUGGAAAUGCCAGCAGCUCUUUGAUGAUGAGUAGAUCGCCUAGAUGGUUCACUUUGGGACACAUCGAGACCCAGCAGUGCGCACUGAGUUCGACUAUGCUGAGUGCAGCAAAAGGUGAAGUGAUGAGAUUGAGAACAGUUCUUGAAUCGUCCCAGAGACAUAUCCACAGUUCUUCCCAUCUAUUUAAGUUAGCGCAAGAUGCCUUUCGUUUCGCCACACCAGAAAACGGACCCAGACACCCAACGUUGCUAAGCGUGGCUUUUGAACUAGGAUUACAGGUAAUGAGAAUGACGUUAUCAUCUCUGAACUGGCGAAGACGAGAAAUGGUUAGGUGGUUAGUUACUUGUGCGACAGAAGUAGGCGUGGACGCUUUGAUCUCCAUCAUGCAAAACUGGUAUCAGUUCUUUACCGCCACAGAAGCGACAGGACCCGUAGCCACUACUAUUAUGUCACACAGUACCAUUAUGCGACUAAAUCUAAAUUUCGGACAACAGGAAGAGUUGUCGAGUUGCGCGCGCACACUGGCAUUGCAGUGUGCAACAAAGGACCCUCCAAAUUGUGCCUUGAAUGCUUUGACCUUGUGCGAAAACGAGGCUCUAGCCUUUGAAACCGCUUAUCAAAUUGUUGUGGAUGCUGCUUCCCACAUAAUGACGUCUUCCCAGCUGUUCACCAUCGCAAGAUAUAUGGAGCAUCGUGGAUAUCCCACUAGGGCCUAUAAACUUGCUAUGUUGGCUAUGAAAAACGUCCAUCUAGCUUACAAUCAGGAUACCCAUCCUGCUAUAAACGAUAUCCACUGGGCAUGCGCACUAAGUCACUCAUUGGGCAAGACUGAACUGUCAAAUAUGAUCCCUCUUUUGGUGAAGAACGUUCAAUGUGCUACAGUCCUCUCAGAUAUCUUACGAAGAUGCAGCAUGACUGCUCCUGGUAUCAGUUGUCCUCAUCCUGCUCCAUUGGAUGGCGGAAAACACCCCCACCCACAUAGGGCCGGAAGAGGAUGUAGCGGUGGGGGUAUAAAGCCUCUUUCGUAUGACAGACCUCCGUUGAGGCAGCUCCUGGAAGCUGCUGUAGCUGCUUAUAUCAAUACUACGCAUUCUAGAUUGACUCAUAUCUCUCCUCGUCACUACGGAGACUUCAUAGACUUCUUAACCAAAGCUCGGGACACGUUCGUGUUAGCUCACGACGGACAUGCGCAAUUCACGCAACUUAUAGAAAAUAUGAAAGUAGCGUACAAAGGAAAGAAAAAACUAAUGUUUCUCGUCAAGGAGAGAUUCGGCUGA